UAGCCAACCAGGCUCUUAAAACAAUUUUUAUCCUUGAAAUUCAGGAUCCCCUUACAACAAUGGUGAUUUUGAUGUUGAAAUCCGUAAGUGGCUACAAAUACAAUUUCUUUAAAAAGGUGGCUGCACUUUAAAUAGGCUAGGGGUGAAAUUACUUGAGAAAAUUGAUCAAUCUGGUGAUAUCCCAAACGACAGUGGAUUUGCUUGUAUUCUACCGUGUCAAGAUGAAAGCACACAGUAAGGAGAUCUGAACAAUGCAUAAUUUUUAUUCCAAGUGUUUGUUUGUUUGAUUCAUUUAGGAGAGAUCUUAGAGAUGGCUUUGAUGGGAGUGUUGGAGUCAGAUCUUCGAGCUUUAUCUGCAGAAGCUCGACGCCGAUACCCUGCUGUCAAAGAUGCUGCCGAGCACGCUAUUUUGAAGUUAAGAUGUAUGUCGAGCCCGAGUGAGAUAGCAGAUAACGAGGAUAUAUUAAAGAUAUUUUUGAUGGCCUGUCAAGUUAGGAGUGUUAAAAUGAGUGUUAUUGGCCUUUCUUCCCUCCAGAAACUCAUUUCUCACGAUGUAGUUGCUCCUUCUGCUUUGAAGGAGAUUCUCGACACUCUCAAACAUCACGGGGAAAUGCCUGAUGAGAGUCUUCAACUUAAGACCUUGCAGACUAUCCUCAUUAUUUUUCAAUCUCGUUUGCAACCUGAUAAUGAGGAUUACACCGCUCAAGCUCUUGCUAUCAUUCUUCACCUUCUUGAAAACAAUAGAUCCUCUGAUAGUGUGAGAAAUACUGCUGCUGCAACUUUUAGGCAAGCUGUAGCAUUGAUAUUUGAUCGUGUGAUUUCUACUGAGUCACUUCCAGCCGGGAAAUUUUGCUCUGGCGUGUACAUUUCUCGUAGCAGUUCGGUUACUAGUGAUGUUAACCGCAAUAUAAAUCAUCUAGAGUCAUUGGAGCAAGAGUUUUCUUCUGGAGGUCCAUCGCUGAUGAGGGAUACCUUAACUAAAUCUGGAAAAUUUGCACUUCGGUUACUUGAGGACCUGACAGCUCUUGCUGCAGGUGGAUCUGUAUGUGCCGAUAUGAGUUCUUCUUCCGGUUUGAAAGAUGCUGUCUGGCUACGUGUCAGUUCUAUUCAACGGACAUUUGCACUUGAUAUACUUGAGUUUAUUUUAUCUAAUUAUGUGGUGUUGUUCAGAGCAUUGGUUCCUUUUGAAGAGGUUCUCCGUCGCAAGAUAUGUUCACUUCUAAUGACAUCACUUCGUACUGAUACUGAGCUUGAAGGAGAAUCUGGAGAACCUUAUUUCCGGCGUCUGGUGUUGCGUUCAGUAGCCAACAUAAUCAGGCUUUACAGUUCUUCACUUAUCACUGAAUCCGAGGUAUUUCUCAGCAUGUUGGUGAGGGUUAUAUCUCUAGACUUACCUUUGUGGCAUCGCAUUCUUGUUCUUGAAAUCUUGAGGGGCUUUUGUGUGGAAGCACGCACUAUGCGGAUUCUUUUCCUUAAUUUUGACAUGCAUCCGAAGAACACAAAUGUAGUUGAGAGUCUGGUAAAAGCUCUUGCUCGCGUCGUUUCUACUAUCCAGUUUCAAGACACAUGCGAGGAGAGUCUUGCCGCUGUAGCUGGAAUGUUUAGCAGUAAAGCUAAAGGGAUUGAAUGGAGCUUAGAUAGCGAUGCAUCGAAUGCUGCUGUUUUAGUUGCAAGUGAAGCACAUGCAAUAACUUUAGCAAUUGAGGGCCUACUAGGAGUCGUUUUCACUGUGGCUACUUUAACAGAUGAGGCAGUUGACAUGGGUGAGCUUGACUCUCCAAGAUGGGAGUCUGAUCCUCCAGCGAAAUUGACUGGGAGAACUGCACUUCUUUGUGUAUCGAUGGUUGAUUCAGUGUGGUUGACCAUUCUUGAUGCUUUGUCGUUCAUCUUAGCAAAGUCUCAGGGGGAGGCUAUUAUUUUGGAAAUACUAAAAGGCUAUCAAGCAUUUACUCAGGCCUGUGGAAUACUUCAUGCUGUAGAGCCUUUGAAUUCUUUCCUUGCAUCCCUUUGCAAAUUCACAAUUGGAGUACCUGUUGAAGUAGUAGAGAAGAGGAGUGUGGUACAAUCUCCUGGGUCUAAGCGGUCAGAAGCAUUGCUUGAGCCAAGGGAAACUGUUGUUCUUACUCCUAAGAAUGUGCAGGCACUAAGAACACUAUUCAACAUAUCUCAUCGGCUGCAUAAUGUUUUAGGUCCUUCAUGGAGCUUGGUACUGGAGACUCUGGCUUCUCUUGACCGAGCUAUUCAUUCUCCACAUGCAACUACACAGGAGGUCUCCACAGCUGUGCCAAAGCUCACCAGAGAUUCUUCUGGUCAAUAUAGUGAUUUUCAUAUUCUUUCUUCCCUAAAUUCUCAGCUGUUUGAGAGCUCAGCUCUGAUGCAUGUAUCUGCCGUCAAGUCACUGCUUUCUGCUCUACGUCAGUUGUCACAUCAGUGUAUGUCUGCUGCUGUGAGUGGCUUUGGACCACCGUCAAGUCAAAAAAGUGGAAGCAUCAGUUUCUCAGUAGAAAGAAUGUUAUCAAUCCUAGUCAAUAACGUGCACAGGGUGGGGCCAUUAUGGGAUGAAGUUAUUAGCCACUUUAUUGAGCUUACUGAUAGUUCAAAUCAACAUGUGAGAACUAUUGCACUGAAUGCAAUGGAUCAAUCUAUUUCUGCUGUUUUAGGAUCUAAUGAGUUCCAGGAACGUGCACCAUCCAAGCUCCAGGGUGCAUGCAACGAUGUAAAAACUGAGAAUAUAGAGUUGAGGUUACUGGAGUGUGCUGUUAUAUCUCCACUGGAAGAGCUAUAUUCUUCAGCUCAAAACAUUGAUGUUCGUGCUGGAUCUCUGAAAAUUCUUCUUCACGUUUUAGAGAGACAUGGAGAAAAGCUCCAUUAUAGCUGGCCAAAUAUUCUUGAUUUGUUGAGGUCUGUAGCAAACGCUGGCGAGAAGGAUCUCAUUACUCUUGGAUUUCAGAAUCUGCGUGUCAUCAUGAAUGAUGCCCUUUCAACAGUGCCUGCUGGCUGCCUUCACGUAUGCAUUGAUGUGACUGGGGCAUAUAGUGCUCAGAAUACUGAACUGAAUAUCAGUUUGACAGCAAUUGGUCUUUUAUGGACUUCCACUGAUUUCAUCGUUAAGGGGCUUCUUUAUAGACAGAAUGAAGAAAAAGAAUCAGGUAGAACCACAGAUAGUAAUGGAAUGAAGGAAGAGCAGGCUCUCACUUUCUCUGGGAAAGUUAAUGACCAAGCCCUCCAAAUGAAUAUUGUUGACCGUGACAAAUUGCUCUUUUCAGUUUUUUCUUUAUUACAAAACCUUGGUGCUGAUGAAAGACCAGAGGUUAGGAACUCUGCUGUUCGGACACUUUUUCAAAUUCUUGGCUGCCAUGGGCAAAAGCUUUCAAAGAGUAUGUGGGAGGAUUGUCUAUGGAAUUAUAUUUUCCCUACAUUAGAUCGCUCUUCUCACAUGGCUGCAACAUCUUCAAAGACAGAAUGGCAAGGAAAAGAACUAGGAACACGUGGAGGAAAAGCAGUUCAUAUGCUCAUACACCAUAGUCGUAACACAGCUCAGAAACAAUGGGAUGAGACACUUGUGCUUGUACUUGGAGGCAUAGCUCGAAUUCUACGUUCUUUUUUCCCUUUCUUGAGAAGCUUAGAAAAUUUCCAGUCUGGAUGGGAGACUUUGCUUCUCUUUGUAAGAAACAGCAUAUUUAACGGUAGUAAAGAAGUUGCUCUUGCAGCUGUGAAUUGUUUACAGUCCACCAUAGUUUCUCAUUCUCCAAAGGGAAAUUUGCCUAUGCCUUACCUGACUUCGGUGCUUGAUGUCUAUGAGCUUGUGCUGCACAAGUCACCAAACUACAACGGGAAUAUGGCAUACAAGUUGAAGCAGGAGAUCUUACACGGUCUUGGUGAAUUGUAUGUUCAAGCACAGGGGAUGUUUGAUAAUGGCACAUACCUAAAGCUGCUGUCAGUUGUAGAUUCAGGGAUUAAACAAGCCAAGGUCGCCAAUAGUAACUUUGAAGCUGAAUAUGGUCAUGUUCCACCUGUGCAACGUACUGCACUGGAAAUACUUCCACAAUUGCGUCCAGCAGAACACCUUUCUUCCAUGUGGUCACCGCUGCUUACAAAAUUAUUGUUGUAUCUUCCAAGCUCUGUUUCCUGUAUGGGCAAAAUUGAAGAUGAGAGCCACCAUGAGACCAGGACCAAAGAUGAUGCUGAGAUCAGUAAUGGAAUUGCUUCAGAAUCCCAAGGGGAAGUGGAAGCUUCACCUAGGAAUCCUGAAUCAACUACAGUACCAAGUAUCUCAAAUCAUAUUUUCGCGGAAAAACUUGUCCCCGUGUUAGUGGAUCUCUUCUUGCAGGCUCCACCUGCAGAGAAGUACAAAAUUUUACCUGAUAUUAUUCAAUCUUUGGGAAGAUGUAUGAUAACAAGAAGAGACAAUCCUGAUGGCUCACUUUGGAGACUAGCAGUUGAAGGUUUCAGUUGCAUUCUGCUUGAUGAUAUCAGCAAACUGACAGAGAAUGCAGGGCCAGAGUUGAUAACCACACAUGCAAGAAUGCGUAUCUGGAAAGAAGUUGCUGACAUUUUUGAGAUAUUUCUAAUAGGGUACUGUGGUCGUGCACUUUCAGUGAUGGUGGACAGUGCUGAUGAAUCUCUGGAGAUGAAUCUCUUGGAUAUUCUAGGAGACAAGAUUCUCAAAUCACAGAUUGAUGCGCCUCUUGAAAUUCUGGAACGUCUAAUCACCACUCUGGAUCGGUGUGCAUCACGUACAUGUUCCUUGCCUCUUGAGACUGUCGAACUGAUGCCUACACAUUGUAGCAGGUUCUCUUUGAACUGUUUGCAAAAGCUGUUCCUUCUGUGCAGCCAUGAAACUGGCAAAUGGAAUUCAACUAGAUCUGAAGUAAGCAACAUGUCAAUAAAAGUAUUAAUAACCAGAUGUGAAUUCAUUCUGGAAAGGUACUUGAUGGAUGAGAACAAGUUAGGAGAAAAUCCAUUGCCAGCAGCACGUGUGAAAGAAGUUAUCUUUAUCCUCCAAGAGCUUGCACGUCUUGUGGUUCAUUCAGACACUGUAUCCCAACUUCCUUUACAUCCUUACUUAAGAGAAGGCCUUACAGCAGAGAAUCAAGCAAGGCGUUCACAUUUACUUGUUCUUUUCCCAUCCUUCUGUGAACUUGUCAUAUCAAGGGAAGCUAGAGUGAGAGAGUUGGUGCAACAAUUGCUAAGAUACAUCACAACUGAGUUGGGAUUACGGAAGUCUAGUGUAGCAAUUUGAAAGAAAUGGAAAAUGGUUGCAUUUUCUAACAGUUGGCACCUAACAUUUGUAUUUUUCUUGGUCUCCUCCAGUUUUCGGUGUUUCAUAAUGGAUGCCUUUGUGCAUUAUGCCAAAUAGAUGAACUCGAGAAAACAUGGUUAGUGUAAAAAAAGAGACAUCCAUCGACGUCUUGUACAUUGUUGUAUGUAUCUUCUCCUUUUACUCAAUGAGGAGGUAUCUUUAUUCUACCAGCCUCUGGCAAACCUAUACUAUUGUCCGAUUGAGUUACUUUUCUUC